GGUACAGAAUUGACCCGUAACCCAGAAUACCUGGGAAUUCAAAAAAUGGACGAGCCCUUGACAGAGCAAGAACUCCAAGCCGUCGAAGCCAUAGAGGCGGCAUUUCAAUUCUCAACGUCUGCUUCUUUUUCUUCUUCUGCUCCAUCGAUUGCUAGAAAACGACAUUCGGAUCCCCUAAAAGACCAAGAUGACCAAAAUUGCCGCCGUCGCUUACCCAACUCCAUCUUUUCCCGUCCACAUUCAAACGUAUUUUCUCUCUCUCCUUGUCAAGCUAAUUUAAGGAUGAGGUAUCCUGAAAUGAGGUUUGGAGGUCAAAUUUUAUAUAGUAGAACGGAGAUUGAGGCUGAGAAAGCAGCAGUGGAACUUUUAAGGAGUCUAGAAGCUAAGAAAAAAGAAGCCGGUUGUGUUACGGUUGGAUUUGAUAUUGAAUGGAGACCCUCGUUCAGGAAAGGUGUAUCACCUGGGAAAACUGCAGUUAUGCAGUUAUGUGCAGACACAAAUCGCUGUGAUGUGACACAUAUAAUUCAUUCUGGAAUUCCUCGGACACUGCAGCUCCUUCUCGAGGAUUCUACAAUUUUUAAGGUUGGAGUUGGCAUUGGAAAUGAUUGUGUAAAGGUUUUUAAAGAAUAUAAUGUAUCUAUCAAUGCGGCUGAGGAUAUUUCCUUGCUAGCUAAGGAAAAGCUUGGUGGAGACCGCGGAAUAUGGAGUCUCGCAUCGUUAACUGAGAUGCUUGUAUGCAAAGAGCUGCAUAAGCCGAAGAAAAUACAGUUAGGAAACUGGGAGGCGAAUGUCUUAACGACGGAGCAAUUACAUUAUGCUGCCACAGAUGCUUUUGCAUCUUGGCAUGUGUACCAGGUGUUACGGAGUUUUCCAAAUGCAAUUGAUUAAAACGGAAGAACUAUAGAAGGUCUUGCAGCAACAUGAAAUCCACUAUUAUGCUUGGCACUGAAUGUGUUGAACAAUCAGAUGAUCCUAUUUGUAGAAUAACAGGGAAAUCUAUUUUUGAGUUUUGGCAGAGUAGUUGUAUGCUAGGACUUGGGAAACAGGCUAGUUCAGUGGGACUUCCCCUCAUAAAUGGAGUUGGUUAAGAUACAUUUGAUGGGUGUAUAAAACUUGAGUUCAUGAUACGUCCUUAUUAUGUGCUAUCAUCCUAAAUGCAAGCUCGUGUUCCUUUUUC